CAUGUCUCAAAACCCAAGGCGAAAAAAUCACAUAUGUCUGCCACCUACACUCUUAAAAGAACUGACCUCCGAUCCAAUUCUCUCCGGACACGCAUCAGUCAUAUACGACGAGCACUUCCAGGAGUUCCGCCAUUCCACGCUCACCUACGAUGCGAACCCAGAUUUCUACGAGCUCGUUUCUACACUGAUCUACAGAGUGCGCACAUUUUAGGCGGCUGCUACCUACCUGCGAUGUCGAGAAACUCCGCGCCGAGUGGGCACCUGGCAGGCGGCGCACGUAUCUGCAUCUCGC